CCAUAAAAACUGCAAUAGAGUUUGUGUAAGUUUCAUAGUAAGAGAGAGUGUGAAAACGUGAUGGCUAGUAUUGAACAAAUAGGAAAGAAGAAAGCAUGUGUGAUUGGUGGCACAGGGUUUGUGGCAUCUUUGCUGAUCAAACAGUUGCUUGAAAAGGGUUAUGCAGUUAAUACUACUGUCAGAGACCCAGAUAAUCUUAAAAAAACAUCUCACCUCGUGGCACUGCAAAGUUUGGGGGAACUAAAUAUAUUUAAAGCAGAAUUAACAGUUGAAGAAGAUUUUGAUGCUCCAAUAGUAGGAUGUGAACUUGUCUUUCAACUUGCUACACCUGUGAACUUUGCUUCUCAAGAUCCAGAGAAUGACAUGAUAAAGCCAGCAAUCAAAGGUGUGUUGAAUGUGUUGAAAGCAUGUGCUAAAGCAAAAGAAGUCAAAAGAGUUAUCUUAACAUCUUCUGCAGCUGCUGUGACUGUAAAUGAACUCAAAGAGACAGGUUUGGUUAUGGAUGAAAGCAAAUGGUCUGACGUCAAAUUCUUGAGCACUGCAAAGCCACCCACUUGGGGCUAUCCAUCCUCCAAAACGCUAGCUGAAAAGGCUGCAUGGAAAUUUGCUGAAGAGAAUGACAUUGAUCUAAUCACUGUGAUACCUACUCUAACAAUUGGUCCUUCCCUCACUCUAGAUAUCCCAGCUAGUGUUGGCUUGGCAAUGUCGCUUAUAACAGGCGAUGAGUUCCUCAUAGACAGUUUGAAAGGACUGCAGUUUCUGUCUGGUUCGAUAUCGAUCACUCACGUAGAGGAUAUCUGCCGAGCACAUAUAUUUGUGGCAGAGAAAGAAUCAGCUUCUGGUAGAUACAUUUGCUGUGCUCACAAUACUAGUGUUCCUGAGCUUGCAAAGUUUCUCAGCAAACGAUACCUGCAGUAUAAAAUUCCAACUGAAUUUGAUGAUUGCCCCGCCAAGGCAAAGUUAAUAAUCUCUUCUGAGAAGCUUAUCAAAGAAGGGUUCAGUUUCAAUUAUGGUAUUGAUGAAACUCUUGACCAGACUGUGGAGUAUUUGAAGACUAAGGGGGUCCUUAAUAAGUAAACUUCGAUAUUUUCAAUUCUGUAGCAACUCUAAGCUUGUUAUGAAUGUUAUGAAGCUCAGAGUGAAAUGUCAAGUGAAUAAAUAUAAAUGGAGGGAACAUCAGAUACAUCUCUGUCAAUCCCCUGAUGUAUUUCCACCUCAUUAAAUCUCUCUAAUAUAAUCGAUGAGAUUGCCACUUCAUUAAAAGGAGAGCACGAUAACUAUUGUUAA